CACAGGUCCUGGUUUUCCUGGAUUCCCUUCUCAUAUCGCCUGUCGGUCAAUCGUCUCACCAUGGCGACCCUGGCGGAGAGGCUUGAGAAGAUCAAGUCUCCCAAGCUGCAGAAUCAGCACCAUACGGCCGUGGUGCUCUCUGCAGUGGAAGACACUCUUCGCGACCAGAAGGCCGACUUCUCCUCUACAGCCUAUUUUGCCGCGCUGCUCGCUCUGCUGCCCCAGUCCAUCUCCGCCUCCCAAGGCAUAGUCAACAAGGACCUGGCGGCGUCCGUCGUUUACCUGCUCGAUAUCACCACCGGUUAUGUCCCGGCUCCGAUUCUACGCUCCAAGUUCUCCCAAAUCCUCACCAGUCUCGCCCCUGCUCUCUCCCUGCCCGAAGUCGAAGCCCCGCUCCUCCGGCCGUCGAUUGGCUGUCUCGAGUCGCUGCUGGUCGCCCAAGAUGUUCCGGCUUGGAACCUCCCACACACCCAGAUUGGCCCGCGGCGUGCGAUGGCUGGCCUGUUGAGCCUGUCCGUGGAUCACCGUCCUAAGGUGCGCAAGCGUGCCCAGGACGCCCUGGUCAAGGUUCUCAAGACGCCCCCGCCCAGCCCUUCUCUCGAUCACCCGGCCGCCGAUAUGUGUGCGGAGACCGCCAUGCGCACUCUGAGUGACAGCAUCACCGCGGCUACCAAGGCCAAGCGUGGCCGUAAUGACCCCCAAAACAAGGACAACAACGACCCUCUGGUUAUCCACUCCCUGCAACUGGUGAAGACGAUCGCGAUCGCAUCCGGGGGUUGGCCAAGCAAGAAGAUCGAGCCGCUGUGCGAGCUGUUGAUGAACGCCUCCCGGUCGACCAACGAGUUCAUCACGAUGGGCGCUUUCGAGGUGUUUGAGGUGAUCUUUUCCAGCAUGGCAAACGAGUUUUCGUCUUCGAAGCUCCCCCGUCUCUUGGAGGCUAUUACGGAUCUGAAGCCCGCCCAGAACGAUUCGCAGCUGCUCCCGCCGUGGAUCGCCGUCUUGUCGCGCGGUUACGACGUGUCCGCUCAGACCAGCCCUGAGGAUACCUUCGAGAAGUUGCCGGCUCUGUUCAACAUGGUUUCCGGCUACCUGGCGUCUCCUUCGAGAAACAUCCGUGUGUCGGCGUCAGAGUGCUUGGUUUCGUUCCUGGCCAACUGCAUUCCGGCCAGUGUGAUCAUCGAGCCCUCCGUUUACGACGAGAAGACGCUCGAGAAGCUGGCCAAGGCUGCUAUGGAUCUGCUUUCCGUCAAGUACCAAGCGGCGUGGGCGGAAGUGUUCAACGUGUGCGCGGCCAUGUUCGAUAGCUUCAAGUGGCGCUCUAGCCCCUUCCUGGACGGUAUUGUCAGGACUGUGGGAGAGCUCCGUAGCAACGAGUCCUUCCAAGGAAAGAAGGAGGCGGACAACGUUCUCGGUAGCGCAAUCGAGGCCAUGGGCCCUGCUGCCGUGCUGGAGAUCCUGCCUUUGAACAUUAUUGACCAGAAGGCUGGCCAGCCUGGCCGUGUUUGGCUGCUGCCUGUUCUCCGUGACAAUGUCACCAACACCAACCUGUCCCACUUCCGCGCCGAAUUCGUUCCUCUGAGCGAAGCCCUGUACCAGAAGAUCGUGGAUUACAGCUCCAGGGACAAGAAUGUCGAGGUGAAGAUUUUCGAGACCCUCGUGCAGCAGACGUGGGCUACCCUUCCUGGAUACUGUGAGCUUCCUCUCGACUUGGUUGAGUCCUUCGACCAGGGCUUUGCGGAGCUGCUUUCCAAUGUUCUCUACAAGCAGACGGACCUGCGUGUCGACGUCUGCAGAUCCCUGCAGAACCUGGUGGAGUCCAACCAGGCUAUCCUGUCCCUUGAGUCCGAGGGCGAUGACCUGAUCCUUCAGCGCAGAACCACCAAGGAGGCUGCGAAGAGGAACAUUGCCCACCUUGCUGGCUUUGCCAGCAACCUGUUGGCGGUCCUGUUCAACGUGUACAGCCAGACGCUUCCCCACUACAGAGGUUACAUCCUUCAAUGUAUCAAUGCCUACUUGAGCAUCACCCCGGAGAAGGAACUCAAUGAAACGUUCGAGCGUGUCACCUCUAUGCUCGAGUCUUCGGUGGUUUCAGAGCACGAAGCAGCCAAGCAAGGCAACCACCAGACCGGCUCUGGUGACAAGAUGCCGCCUACCUCCCACACCCUGAUUGAUCUGGUUAUCGCUAUGUCGAUCUACCUUCCCCGUUCGAGCUUCGUCAAUCUGUUUGCCCUUGCCGCGGCUAUCCUGAACGGACAGACCGGUGACCAGCAGCUGAUCAAGAAGGCCUACAAGCUGAUCCCCCGUCUGGCCCAGACUGAGACGGGAAGCGCUGCUCUGCGCGAGCGGAGCUCGGAGCUCCAGGCCCUGAUUCUUAGCACAGCCGACAAGACCCCGGCCUCUGCUCGUCGGGAUCGUAUGCUUGCUAUCUACGAGCUCAUCACCAACCUGCCGACUUCCGACCUGCACUUCAUCCCGUCCGUCCUUUCCGAGGUUGUCCUGGGUUGCAAGGAAAGCAACGAGAAGGCCAGAACCGCCUCGUUCGACCUCCUCAUUCAUCUCGCGAAGAGGACCUUUGACUCCGACCAGAACCCUGCAGGCACCAAGAUCCGCAACUCUCUUGUGCCUCACAUGCCCAACGACGCCCCCGACGCUCCCGCUACGAUUGAGGAGUUCUUCACCAUGGUGUCUGCGGGUCUGGCUGGUAGCUCCCCGCACAUGGUUGCCGCGUCUGUCACGGCCCUUUCUCGUCUGUUUUUCGACUUCCAGACCCAACUGCAGCCGGCCGUGCGCGCUGAUCUCGUGCAGACCGUGGAUCUUUUCCUCACCAGCAACAACCGCGAGAUUGUCCGGUCCGUGCUGGGAUUCGUGAAGGUCGCAGUUGUGGUGCUACCAGACGAGGACCUCCGGGCGCGCCUCAGCUCCCUGGUGCCCAACCUGAUGGUCUGGAGCAAGGAGCACAAGGGUCGUCUCCGCAGCAAGGUCAAGGGUAUCCUGGACCGUCUUAUGCGGCGCUUCGGUGCUGCUCCCUUGGAGGAGCUGGUCGGUGAAAACGACCGCAAGUUGGUGACCAACCUCCGGAAGAUGCGUGAGAGACGCAAGAAGAAGAGAAAGGAGGGCGAGCAGGAGGGUGACGAGGAGGACUCCGACGAGGAAGGCGCCAAGCCCGACGACAAGGGUGGCCGAACCUACAGCAACGCCUUCGACAAGGCCGUCUACGACUCCGACUUCGACUCCGACGACGAUGCCAGUGAAAUUGAUGUCGACGAGGAGGGCACCACCCACGCUCACAAGGGUCGCAAGGGCCGUAAAUCCAACCAGAGCGAGCAGUACAUCCGCGAGCUGUCCCCCGAGGACAAUCCCCUGGAUCUGCUCGGCCCCAACGCCCUGGCCAACAUCUCCACCACCAAGCCCAGCGUCCGAUUCCUCAACACCGGGCCCGGAUCCCGCAAGAAGCGUAACGCCAAGUUCGACUCCGACGGCCGUCUCAUCCUGGGCGAUGACUCCGAGGAUGUGGAUAUGUCCGCCGGUCUAGACCAGAACGGCGGGGAGAGCGGCAUCAACGCCUACGUGCAGGCUGUCAGCGGUCCUGACGCCGUCCGUCGCGGCCAACGCGGCAAGUUCCGCAUGGCCCAGGCCCAGAAGAAGAAGGGUAGCGAUGACAUGGACGUGGACGAUGACAAUGACGCCUCCGGCCCGUCCAGGAACUCCCGGCCGGGAGCCCCUGGUCGUCGCGGUCUCGGCAUGCCCAAGACCCACGGUCCUAGCGGCGGUAUCCAGAAACGCAGGGACUUCCCGGCUCGUGGAGGUCGGGGAGGCGGCGGCCGGGGAGGCAGUCGUGGAUUCGGUGGCGGUGGUGGCGGUCGAGGGUUCGGUGGCCGAGGAGGUGGUGGCCGCGGAGGAGGUGGCCGCGGAGGUGGCCGCGGAGGCAGUGGCAGUGGCCGUGGUUUUGGAAGCAGGAGAUAAAUGUUCCAGCCACUCCCACCUCUCGCAACAGCAACAAAUAACUCACAUCCAACCAACCCUAUUAGCGAACCAUCCACCCACUCAUCACCCCAACCCUAAAAGCGAAAAAUCUCAUUUGACGGCCGGAAUAGGAAGAGAAUUUACCCGAUGUUUUAUAUCUUUUUCAUUAUCUUAACGUAUGGAGUAUGAACGAAUGCUGAUUGAUUGAUUGAUUCUAAUGCUGUUGCUGUUGAUAACAUAUGUUGUAUCUGACACUGGACUCAUGACUGACUUGGCCAUCACAUCCUGGAUGUGUUUAGUUUGUUAUGUCUUCUUUUUUUUUUUGCCCUUGUGGAUUGUUUUGAAAGGUAGUAGCUGCAAAGCUCUGUUGCUACUUUUUUGUUACUUAUUUGCUUAGGUAUCUUUAUACCCUUUAUUACAUAUCGG